UAAAGCGUAUUGAGAAAUUCAGAGUCCACUUGGUGUUCCGCUCUCUUUUCCACUGACCCAUCAUCUUAGGUGGGGUGGGGCGGGGGGUCAGAAGGACGCCGCGUGGCCCCUGUAGGUGUGCAAUCUGCGCAAGGAGCGCUGUGAAAAGUCAACGCUGAUUGGCUGGCUCGUCCGCUUUAAUGGCACGCGACAGCCGAUGUCGCUAUAAGGGUCCUCGCGUGCCGGCAGCUCGUGAACAUCCCGAGACGCCGCCGUUACCGGGCAACAUGGACACGGUGCUGGAGCAGCUCGCGGGGCUCGACUCCUUCUCCUCCCCCUACUUCGACGAAGAAGACUUCUUCACGGACCACUCCUCGCGGGACCCCCUGGACGCGGACGAGUUCCUGGAGGACGACGUGGACUUCCUCGCGAGCCACAUCCAAGACUUCUACAAGGACGGCAGGGCGGGGCACGACGCGGACUACUGCGACGCGGGCGACUUCUCCUUCUCCUCGUCCUCGUCCACCUUUUCGUACGGCUGCGGCGACAGCACCUCGGAGCUGUCCCCGCACUCGCGCGGAGAGGGUCCCCUAGCGAAGCGCAGGAGGCGCCUGAGGUCCGAGGCCGAGAUGCAGCAACUGCGGCAGGCGGCGAAUGUGCGCGAGCGCCGCCGCAUGCAGUCCAUCAACGACGCGUUCGAGGGCUUGCGCUCGCACAUCCCCACGCUGCCCUACGAGAAGCGCCUCUCCAAGGUGGACACCCUGCGCCUGGCCAUUGGAUACAUCAAUUUCCUGGCGGAGCUCGUGCAGUCCGACACGCCCAUCCGGAACGCGGGCAGCGACGUGACGCACCAGGCCAAGAAGGUUAUUAUCUGCCACAGGGGAACAAGGUCUCCGUCCCCCAGUGACCCAGACUAUGGGCUCCCCCCUCUUGCUGGACACUCUCUUUCCUGGACGGACGAGAAGCAGCUGAAGGAGCAGAACAUCAUCCGGACGGCGAAGGUGUGGACACCUGAAGACCCGCGGAAGAUUGCCUUGCGGAGCUCUCUGAACAACAUCGAGAACGAGCCCCCUUUCGACUUCAUCUCAUAG